GGCGCGCUUUAUGGUUCACUGAGAUUAUGCACCCAGUUUGGGAGAUCGCUUUCUUCACUUGAUGACCUGAUUUCAGUUUAUAAUGUCUGAUGAUCGAGGGAAGUUUGAAGUAAUAGAGUUGUCGAUGCUGAAGAAGCACAUAUUUUUUCCACUCUCCGGUUUGGGGAAUUUCACUGCACAAACUGUACUUUAUCCAUUUGUAUUACUUCGCACGAGACUCCAACUGCAAGAGGGUGCUCAGGUCUAUCGUGGUCUUAUGCACGCUAUUUCUUCUGUUAUCAGAGAAGAAGGAUUUCGAGGAUUGUAUAGUGGCUACUUUAUUCGACCAUUUCACAUCUUCUCAACAUCCAGAAGCAGCAGGCUUGUUUGAAUGCACCAAAUGGGCUUCCAGAACAUCUUGUCCUUCGUUUUCACGGGUCGUGACAGCCUUGCAGUUGGCAAAUGUUGGACUUUGCUGGUCACUUUUACAAUGAGUGAAUCAGAGAUUUUGAUAACUAUGGAGUUGUAGUCCAGUGAACAUCUUUUAUUUCUGCCUGUUGUAGUUAGGUAUUCUAAACGUGGCAAAUCUGGAUACCCUCCAUGAAGGGUAGUCUCAGCCAUGGUCAUUCCUAAAGUAAUUAAUUCUCGAUGGCAACAAGGCCAACUUUGAGGACUGAAUAAUUUUCUUACAACGCGAAAAAAACAGACAAAGCAGAAGGCGGAGAAAGCAAGAAUUUUCACAAGGAGUGUUUCCUAUGUUCGAAGACGAUCAUGUUUCUCCCUACUUAACUUCCAUUGCUAUGGCUUUCAUUGUGUAUCCUUUUUCUAUAGAGUAUUUAUAAAUAUAAAUUUCAUGCUGUCA